AUCUGGCAGUGUAGAGGAUGCAAUUGGGGCUCUUGUUCUGCUGUCCUCCAUACCCUCUCUCCGAUAAAUGUGCCUGUUACUCUCUUUUUAUCUACAGUAUAUUAGUGAAUUCCAAUGCUUGGACUCUGAUAAUUCCUCCGGAGAGUACACAGACACCAACCAAAGAAGCUCGCAAAUGACUCUCCCCAACCAGCACACAUCAGCAGAUGUGGAGAGGGGAGUGCAGGAGAAUGGGGUCAAGAAACACCGCACCACACUGCCAGCCCCUAUGUUCCCCAGGAAUAACUUCAGUAUAUGGAGCAUAUUAAAGAAAUGCAUUGGACUGGAGCUGUCGAAAAUCACGAUGCCGAUUGUCUUCAACGAGCCCUUGAGUUUCCUGCAAAGAAUCACAGAAUUCAUGGAGCACACGUACAUGAUUAACAAGGCCUGUACCCAAACAGACCCGAUUCUUCGCAUGCAGUGUGUUGCAGCCUUUGCUGUCUCCGCAGUGGCAUCACAGUGGGAGCGAACAGGGAAACCAUUUAACCCCCUGCUGGGAGAAACCUUUGAGUUAGUAAGGGAAGAUCUAGGUUUCCAGUUCAUCUCUGAACAAGUGAGCCAUCACCCGCCAGUCAGUGCUUUCCAUGCUGAAGGUCUCAACAAAGACUUUGUUUUUCACGGCUCUAUCUAUCCCAAGUUAAAGUUUUGGGGGAAGAGUGUGGAGGCUGAACCCCGAGGCACCAUAACUCUGGAGCUGCUGAAGCACAAAGAAGCGUACACAUGGACAAACCCCACAUGCUGCGUGCACAAUGUAAUUAUCGGCAAGCUGUGGAUCGAGCAGUAUGGGACAGUAGAGAUCAUGAACCACAGUACUGGAGACAAGUGCGUACUUAAUUUUAAGCCCUGUGGCUUGUUUGGGAAGGAGCUACAUCGAGUAGAAGGAUAUAUUCAGGAUAAAAACAAGAAAAAACUGUGUAUGAUCUACGGGAAGUGGACCGAAUGUUUAUGGAGCGUGGAUCCGGCAACAUAUGAAUCCUUUAAAAAAGAGAAGAAAGGGGUGGAGAAUAAAAAACCCAAACAGAAUGAAGAGGAGAUAAAGUCUGAAAAUGAUGAAGCUGAUGAUAUGCCAGAGAUUCAGGAGACAGUGCAAGUCAUACCUGGGAGUAAAUUGUUAUGGAGAAUCACAAGUCGGCCCACUAAUUCAGUGCAGAUGUACAAUUUUACCCACUUUGCUGUGUCCCUAAAUGAGCUGGAUGAAGACAUGAAGGCAAUUCUGGCUCCCACUGACUGCCGCUUACGUCCUGACAUUAGGGGCAUGGAGAAUGGCGACAUGGAUCUUGCAGGGAAUGAGAAGGAGAGGUUAGAAGAGAAGCAGAGAGCUUCCCGCAGAGAGAGAGCCAAAAAUAGUGAGGAAUGGCAGACACGGUGGUUCACGCAGGGCAAUAACCCCCACACAAGAACGUCUGAUUGGAUUUACACCGGAGGAUACUUUGAUAGAAAUUUCACAGACUGUCCUAAAAUUUAUUGACCCACCUGUACCCCCGACGAAAACUGUUUUCUCUGUUGAGAUUUUAGAUACCUUUUCAUUUGGACAUUCGACCACCGUGUAUGCGUGAGAGUGGCCCUGCCAGCGAAUUCCCUUUCCUGCGCGCAUUCGUGGAAACGUCGCCGCCUUCCAAUCAGGGAUUUCGUUUUGCAGUUACUUUGGUUGCCAAAUAUCUGAAUAUGUAUAAUUAGAGAUCUAUAUAAGUGCAAGCAGCUUGAAAAGGUCUCCCAACCCAAAUUAUUAUGCUUUAUAAAUUAAGCUUUAAUUAUCGAACAGGAAACUCGCCCGAAUUAUAAGUCUGGUUUGAUUUCCCUGUGUUCCCCUUUAAACAGAAUUAGCAGCCGACUCUUUAACCCAGGGUUGUGGAGAAGGGGGCAAAGUGCAGUCUAAAUAAAGGAUGCACUGAAUCCAGGAUUCGGCCAUUUUCAGCAGGAUUCGGAUUCGCCCGAAUCAUUGUGCCUGGCCGAACUGAAUCCUUAAAAACAAGGAAGUAAAAAAAAAA